CGGCGACUUUGGCGUCCGAGAGAGGGCGCCCCGGGGUCAGGAUGCGGCGGAGCCCCCGCCCGGGCUCGGCCACGUCCCCUCACAAGCACACGCCCAACUUCUACAGCGACAACAGCAACAGCUCAGUGAGCGUCACCUCGGGGGACAGCAGCGGGCCCCGGUCAGCUGGACCGGGGCCCGGGGAGCCCGAGGGCAGAAGAGCCCGGGGCUCGAGCUGCGGUGAGCCCGCCUUGAGCGCAGGAGUGUCCGGAGGAGCCACAUGGGCUGGAAGCUCUCGGCAGAAGCCUGCGCCUCGGAGCCACAAUGGGCCGACCGCCUGUGGCGCGGCAACCGUGAGGGGCGGGGCCUCGGAACCGGCUGGCUCUCCCGUAGUCUCUGAGGAGCAGCUCGACCUUCUCUCGACCCUGGAUCUGAGGCAGGAGAUGCCUCCACCGCGCGUGUCCAAGAGCUUCUUGAGUAUGGGCCAGGCCAGCCGGAACCCCUCUGACCCUCUGGCUCCCCUCUCUGAAUUCCAGUUCUCAUUUCCGAGAGACCGUUUUCGUUCUGAGCCGGGCCCAUGCCUGCUGUUGCAGGUGCUGAGCGUGUUGCUGUCCCUGGUAGGAGACGUGCUGAUCGUCGUGUACAGGGAGGUCUGUUCCAUCCGCUUCCUGCUCACGGCUGUAUCACUGCUGAGCCUCUUUCUGGCAGCACUCUGGUGGGGGCUGCUGUACCUGAUCCCUCCUUUGGAGAAUGAACCUAAAGAGAUGCUGACUCUAAGCGAGUACCACGAGCGCGUACGCUCCCAGGGGCAGCAACUGCAACAGCUCCAGGCCGAGUUGGAUAAACUGCACAAGGAAGUGUCCAGCGUUCGUGCAGCCAACAGCGAGGGGCCUCCAUCGACCUUGAGAAGACAUCACACGAUUAUGAGGAAGCGAACACUGCCUAUUUCUGGAAUCGCUUCAGCUUCUGGAAUUAUGCACGGCCGCCAACCGUUAUCCUGGAGGGCCUCCAGGUUGAUGACGAGACUGAAGUUUUCUUGGGGAAAUUCACCUUCAAUGUGGAGAAAUCGGAGAUUCAGACUUUCCAUCUACAGGUACUUCUCUGACCAGACUAAAACCUCAACCAGAAUGUUGGGGGCCUACAUGUGCACAUGGGACUGGAUUCCACCAUUUCUAAGAGACCAGAGCUUCUUGUGCUACCAGUUGUCUUUUCCCAAUCGCUUGGUUCUCAUUGGAAUGAGCAUUCUGUACAAGCAAAGCUUUAAAAUGUACACUUUUCUAUCCUUUGAGUCAUAUACCCUUUAAAUUAUCUAAUCCCUGGGAUUAUUACUCACUCCCAAAUCCCGUGGAUCUCCUUUAAAAUCUAUCUCUAGGGACGCCUGGGUGGCUCAGUGGUUGAGCAUCUGCCUUUGGCUCAGGGCAUGAUCCUGAAGUCCCAGGAUCGAGUCCCACAUCAGGCUCCAUGCAUGAAGCCUGCUUCUCCCUCUGCCUAUGUCUCUGCCUCUCUCUGUGUCUCUCAUGAAUAAAUAAAAUCUUAAAAAAAUAAAAAUAAACUCUCUCUAAGCCUACCUCUGUUUAGAAAUCUUAACAUAGGGCAGCCCCAGUGGCUCAGUGGUUUAGCGCUGCCUUCAGCCCGGGGCGUGAUCCUAGAGACGCAGGAUCGAGUCCCAAGUCGGGCUUCCUGUAUGGAGCCUACUUCUCCUUCUGCCUGUGUCUCUGCCUCUCCCUCUGUGUGUCUCUAAUGAAUAAAUAAAAUCUUAAAAAAAAAAAAACUUAACAUAAUUAAAAUUUCUAGUUUGUGCCACUUUCCUAUACUAUAUCCUUUGAACAGCUACAACCUUAUGCUAGACUCAUUUACUUUUCAUCUAGUGCCAGUAUAAUUAAUCUCAUGGAACUUUCAGUUUCCACUAUAGGAUUUGAAUUUUACAAAAGCAUAUUAAAUAACACAUUUAAGUGAGUAAAUAAAAGUCUCAGAAAUUUGCUCAUUUAUAUUUUUAAGAGAGGUCCAGCUAAUAUUUGCCAGGUCUUUGUGCACUCUCUUCUGAACCAGCAUAUCUUGCCUGGAUGUCUACAACAGUCUCCUAACUGAUCUCAUUUCCAUUCUCAGUUCAACAAAGUCAGAGACCUUCCCUAACUCCAACCUAACAUUAAACCCAGUUUCUCAUAAACCUAUCAAAAUAUGUAACCUGUUUAUUUACUUAUCUAUUACUUCUAGUAACUAUAAAUCCAACAAGAGAAGGGAUCAGAUCUGUCUUGCUCCUAUUCUAGCGACUCACACAAAGCAGGUGCUUUGUUAAGUGUUUGUUGAAUUAAUGCUAGGAAAGGACUGAUAAUCCAAGGAUCCUCAGAAAUGACCCAGAUCUAGUCCUAGCCUGCUGCUGAAGCCAUCAAGGGAGAAAUGAACUUUUUAGGAACACUCACCACAAAAGACUAGCUUGUUAUUUCUAUGUACUCCCAACACCCCAACCUUUCCAUCUGGUGCUAGUGAGGAAUUGCAAACAGAAACAACUAAGUAUAUAGCACCAAUGUUUUCUGCCUUUGCUUUCUACCACCUGAAGUCUUGUUCCCUUCUGCUCUCCCUUGUAAACUCUUUUUUUUUCUCCAUUGUCAGAAAUAAAAAGGAACUAAGUGUUCAUCUAAAUCCAAGUCCUUCAAUUCAAAGUGGAGAGGUAAAAUGUGAUUUAGCUAAGGCCACAUACAUGGCUAAACAAAAUGAAGACCAAAACUCAAAUAUUCUGACUCCAACUUUGACUAGAACUUUGGACUAUAGUCAUAACCUUCUCCCCUGAAGAACUCUCCUUCUUAUCUCCAACAGCAACGUGAUGUAGUGAGCAAGAGUAUGGGUUUUGCAGUAAAGUGACCAGGCUCCAAAUACUGGCCUUACUUCUCUCCCUAACCACAAUGAGAUACUACUAUACACCCACCAGAAUGAUGUCCUACCUACGUAACAGGCAGAUUACUAAGCCUCAGAGUAAAGUGGAGGAUAUUACCUUUUUUGGAAGAUUUAUAUAAUGUAUGCAAGGUGCUUCACAGUCUGGAACUAUUAUUACCAAUAAGUGUUACCUAUUAUUAUCCUUCAAGCCUAAAUCUCAUAUGGUCUCCUUUUCCCAAUAUCUCCACCACUCAACAAUUUCUCUCUCUGGACUACUGUACUCAAUCCAAACCAAACUGUAUUGUCAGUUUCUAGCUCGUCUGUUUGUAAAAUAACAUCUUUCGAACAAACACUGCUUCAGCAUCUCCUAUAUUUCACACAGCAUAGACCUAACCACGUGAUAGCAAUGCAAAGCACCUUGAGGGAGCCUUGCAACAGUGUGCUGGAGCAGGCUUGUAUGGUUUGCAAGAGACAACUGUUAAAUAUUAAGUAAUUUUGUAAAUGAAUUUGGUAAAGUUUUAAACCACAAAUUGGGCAAAUUCUAAAAAUUAUAGUUCCCCUUCCACAACUACCUGGUUUACCUUUGUUGACAGGGAACCCUACUUUGCCAAGAGAGUAACCUGUCCAUUUUCUAUGGCAUCCCCUCCCCUGUCUUAGAGUCGAACUCUGCUCUUCAUAAAUCCAAGAACAGAUCUCUUCUCCUGGAUCCAAUUCAGUGCCACUGGAGCUGAAACUCAGUGGUCUUUCAUGCUUAGGUAUUACACUACCCUCUUCCCUUCCCAAAAGCGUAACAAAGAAAGGAACCAGAACCAGCCUUCAAUCCCAUUUCCAGGCUUUGAAGAAGAAUAGAGCACCAAAAUGUCUGGGUGGCAGGAUCACUCCUUCAACGAACCAAAGCCAUGCUCACACUCCUGUUGCCUACCUUGACACGCUGGAGCAGCUCAGAUGCUCGAUCAAGUCUUGAAAACCAAUUAGGAAAUUUUCCACAGGCUUCCAAUGGGCAGAACACCACCCACGAAAUACUCGUUUUCCCUUCAGAUUGAAAAGAUGAACUAUGCCAAUCACCACUAUUUCUUUCCUUCUCUGCCUCCUCAAGGACAUGGAUAA